AUGGCAUUUAUGAUGUCAUCUGUUACAGACUUCUCCUUAUUUCAAUAUAUAAGUUACCCAGCAAACUCUUGGGAGCAACCCAAAUGGGCACUUCAAGGAGAAAAACUUUUUUCUUCCAAGCUUGUUGUAAAUUCUGCUGUAGUACGCACGGCUAGACUUUCUUUAGGCCAGCCUUUGGGGCAUGCUGAAUGCAGGAAACCACCAUACCCAAGUUUGUUUCUCUUUUCAGCAUUCAAGGCACAUACACCAAAAACUAACAAAAAUCAAACAAAUGUGCUUAGAAAUUCAACAUGGAUUAAAUUGUUGUUUUAUGAUGAUCAUAAAGUUAUGGAUCAACAUUUAGAAAUUAGAACAAAUAGUUUGCAGGAAGCAAGUGAUAAGAAUUUGAUUUAA